CAUGCUCUCACCCGCAUGCCAGCGAACAAAGGCACGCUUGUCAUACAUCAGGUGAAACUUGUGGUCCAGGCUCGGGUUAUGUAUGAUUUUGCUGCUGAACCUGGAAAUAACGAACUGACGGUUAGUGAAGGAGAAAUCAUCACAAUUACAAAUCCGGAUGUUGGCGGAGGAUGGCUGGAAGGAAGAAACAGCAAAGGAGAACGAGGGCUUGUUCCCACGGACUAUGUCGAAAUUUUGCCCAAUGAUGGGAAGGACCCAUUUUCUUGUGGAAAUUCCGUGGCCGACCAAGCCUUCCUCGAUUCUCUCUCCGCGAGCUCAGCUCAGGCCAACUCGUCAGCCGCCAACAGCAGCCAGGUCAGCAGUGGCAAUGACCCCUGGUCAGCCUGGAGUUCCUCCAAAUCUGGAAACUGGGACAGCACAGAUGGCUGGGGAGCCAAGCCAGAGGGGGCCGCGGCCCAGAGAAGCACUUCCAAUAACUGGGACACUGCCUUCGGUCACCCCCAGGCCUACCAAGGACCAGAAUCCACAGCUGGGGCCUUAAACCAGACGGAAGCCUGCGCCUCGGUCUGCCUUAUACUCCUGCGCUGCGGCUCGGCUCCCGUUCUCUCCCUGGCGUCCGCGGUCCGUGGUCACUCUCGGAAAAUUAAGUCACUGCGUCUGUAUUUUGUUCUUCUCCCGCGGCGAUCUCCGACGUCUGGGGGGAAAGAAGACGGAGACUCAUGGGCAUUUGUCUUCAUGAUUAGAUUUCCUGGCUUUGCAAAACCUGGAAUGGAACAGUAUCUGUUGGCCAAGCAACUAGCAAAACCCAAAGAGAAAAUUCCUAUCAUUGUUGGAGAUUAUGGCCCAAUGUGGGUCUAUCCUACCUCGACGUUUGACUGUGUGGUGGCAGAUCCCAGGAAAGGCUCCAAGAUGUACGGUCUGAAGAGCUACAUCGAGUAUCAGCUCACGCCUACUAACACUAAUCGAUCUGUAAACCACAGGUAUAAGCACUUUGACUGGUUAUAUGAACGUCUCCUGGUUAAGUUUGGGUCAGCCAUUCCAAUCCCCUCUCUUCCGGAUAAACAAGUCACAGGUCGCUUCGAGGAAGAAUUUAUCAAAAUGCGCAUGGAGAGACUGCAGGCGUGGGUGACCAGGAUGUGUCGCCACCCCGUCGUCUCGGAAAGUGAGGUUUUCCAGCAGUUUCUAAACUUCCGAGAUGAAAAGGAAUGGAAGACGGGGAAGAGGAAGGCGGAGAAGGACGAGCUGGUGGGAGUUAUGAUAUUUUCCACCAUGGAACCGGAGGCCCCUGACUUGGACUUACUAGAAAUAGAACAGAAGUGCGACGCUGUCGGUAAAUUCACCAAAGCCAUGGACGACGGCGUGAAGGAGCUGCUGACCGUGGGCCAGGAGCACUGGAAACGGUGCACAGGACCCUUACCCAAGGAGUAUCAGAAGAUAGGAAAGGCCCUGCAGAGCUUAGCCACAGUGUUUAGUUCUAGCGGUUAUCAAGGCGAAACGGAUCUCAAUGCUGCCAUAACAGAGGCAGGAAAGACUUACGAAGAAAUUGCCGGUCUGGUGGCAGAACAGCCCAAGAAAGAUCUCCAUUUCCUCAUGGAAUGUAAUCACGAAUAUAAAGGUUUCCUUGGCUGCUUCCCUGAUAUUAUUGGCGCUCACAAGGCAGCGAUAGAAAAAGUGAAGGAAAGUGAUAAACUGGUGGCAACUAGUAAAAUCACCCCACAGGACAAACAGAACAUGGUGAAGCGAGUCGGUACCAUGUCGUACGCGUUGCAAGCUGAGAUGAAUCACUUCCAUAGCAACCGGAUCUAUGACUACAACAGCGUCAUCCGCUUGUACCUGGAGCAGCAAGUGCAGUUCUACGAAACGAUCGCAGAGAAGCUGAGGCAGGCCCUCGGCCGCUUCCCGGUGAUGUAGGACAGAGCGGCGCUCGCACAGAACCCCGAAGCGCUUCCUUCUGACUUGGGGCGACGCCGUGUGAUUUCCCCGCUGUCAUCAAAAUCGAAAAAGAAGGAGAGAAAACCAAAACGAACCAGAGUUGCAGAAAAACUGCAUCUAUUUUCUUAACCAACCUAAAUGCACCGGUUACUUAGAGAUGGUCUUGUUUUGUUCAUUUCCACGUCCAUUAUUAUUAAAACGAUGGAAAUCGUCUCUAUUUUUGGAAAGUACUUAAAAGUUAUCAGAAUUUUGAACGGAAAAUUAGGGGUUCCCCCCCCACUGAUAUUUUACAUAAAAUUGUAAUUUUUACGUCACCCACGAUCUUCUGGUUCUUACCCAAUGCCAGAUAAUUACUAAUUGCUUUCUUAAAAAUAUGAAAUAUGCCAGAAUAAAGAAAUAUAUAUGUUUGUAUAUUUUUAUAACUCUUUUCAGCCCUUUGGGCUUCCUGUCUAUUUAGGAAAACCUACAUGCCUUUCACUGACAUAUUUAUGACUCUGGCGCUCACGUUUUCAGGAGAGAGGAAGCAAAGAGGGGCUCCUGGGGGGCCGGCCGCGUUUUGUGCAGCUCGGUGGCGGCCCGUGGUCCCAUCAGAGCGCGCGCAGGCUGAUCAGAAACCGAGGAUCGGAUUCACCCGCGCCCACUUCCCUCAGGACCAUUUCGAGUGUCCCCUUCCGUGGGGAGGGCUUGCCCUCCUGGCAGUCCCUCCCUCAGCUUGGUUAGGGCAUGGUUCCUGCCAGAAGGACUGUGUUGACAAAGUUGGCGAUGUUCCUAAAAUGUGCUAACUGCUCCCGGGGCUGGAGCCACCCUGCCGACUCCCGUGCUCAGGGCAGGGACGGGGGCGGAGGGGCGCCCACCUGCUCCCCCAGAACUUUCCCCUUGAGGCUGAGCCGACAGAUCCGGCCCCAGGAGGAACGUGUGUGAGAGCCCGAUUUGCCACUUGAUUUGGACGGCAGCCUAGCAGGCUGGAGGGAUUCUCUGGAAAAAAAUGAAAAACACAGCUUAGUAGACCUCUCCGUCUGCACCAGAUGGAAAAGUCUGGGGACCCGUAAGGGCGACAACCUGAAUAACACAAAGUAAUCCCCGGAGCGUUUAUGUUUAAGGAGUACAGAGUGAAAUCCUCCCUGCCUGCAUCUCUGAACUGCAGACAGAAUUUGUCUGAUCGCUAGGACUCCAGUUAACGGCAUAAAGCAAAACAUAAUCUUUCUAGACUGUCAGCUUUAAACCUGACCGCUCACAGCCACACACUGUCUCCCUCCCACAGACGCACACCCCUCUCCACGGUUGCCUUACUGCGUUAUCUCCACUGCUUUCGUUUUCCCGACCUGAUGAUUCUCGUGUAGAAAAUGGAAAGGUUUGGGCCAGCACAAAAUAAAAUGAAACCAAAAAAAUAAGUAGAAGAGGAAAUCAAAUGAACACGAAUAUGGGAAUUCCUUGUUCUUUAAUAUCACGGGUUUUGUUAAUGUUUUAUAAGUAAUUUUCCCUAUUUGAUUGUUCUUUUAUAAAAUCUCAUAGAACAAUGUUUAUGAUACAGCCAUUUAAUAUAUGUACAAAUUGUAAAGAAUAUGUAUAAAUGUUUUACACAAAUGUAAGAGCAUGUAGAAGCCAACGUAUAAAUAAAUUGUUAAAAACUGUACAGUAAAUUCUGAAAGCACAUUUUCAAAAACA